CGAACUCUCUCUCCGUGUCAUACUCGAGUGCUCUGCAAUCAAACAAGCUUUACCGCUGAGAUUUGCCCUUGCAAGAUUACCUCGUAACGUGGACAAACGCCCUCGUGACGCCACGGCCUCCUCUUGAGCAGAACACGAGGGCCAAAUUCCCGACCAUGAACCCAAAGCCCCUAUCCUCACCGUCGACCUACACCCAAGGCCACAGCGCGGCCGUUGUGGCAUCACACGCGUCGCGCACGGUGGAAAACUCUGCGGCCUUCCUGCUCCCGCAUCUGCAGCCGCAUUUCACGAUUGUGGACCUGGGCUGCGGCCCGGGGACCAUCACCAGGGGGUUCUGCCCACAUGUGCCCAACGGGUCGGUGAUUGGGAUUGACGCCGCAGGGUCGGUCAUUGAAAUGGCCCGCUCGGGCGCCCCGGAGAGCGAAUACCCCAAUCUCAGCUUCCGUGUCGGCGACAUCACCUCCCGCCUCCCUUGCGACGACAACUCGGUCGACGUCGUCUACACCAGCCAGGUGCUGUUCCACAUCCCCGCGCCCGUCCGCGUCAUCAAGGAAGCCCUCCGCGUCCUGAAGCCCGGCGGCAUGCUGGCCAUGCGCGAGACCGACACGCUGAUCUACCACCCGGCCAACGCCGGCACAGAAGCGUUCACGGCCACCAUGGCCAAAGCAGUGUCAUCCCCGGGCGCGCAGGGCAUCGGGUCCGGCCGGCGGAUUCACCUCUGGGCCCAGGAGGCCGGGUUCGAGAGGCCCAAGAUGCAGGUCCGCGCCGGCGCGACCUGCCACCCGGCGCCCGACGAGUCGAAGUGGUGGGCCAACAUCCAGGUCGAGCGGCUCCAAGGUGAGAUCGGGCGGAAGUGGGUGGGAGAGCUCCAGCUCGUCAGCCAGGAUGAGAUCGAUGCCAUGAUCGCCGGCUUGAAGACCUGGGGAGACAGCCCCGAGGCGUGGUACGUCGCGCUCCAGGGAGAAGUCAUCUGUUGGAAAUGAGUCGCGAGGCAGCGCUGAACAUCGAGCUGGCGCUUGACUGACCCUGGUGGCUCAUUUCUCAGUCCGCAAGCUUGCUGCCUCGCAGGCAAGGUAAGGAAACCGCAGCGAUAGGGCGUUGCAGUCGAAAUCAGUACAGAUUUAAUCUAGCAUCAUAGUCUGGAAGGCCCAGCAUAUACCCGAUACAGAGUCCGCUACAGAACCCAAAGCCGCUGCCAAACUUUGGACUAAUUUACAGCUUCAAAAUACCGCUGAUGCCACCGCCCUUGCCAUCCUGCACGAUCACCACCUUUCCCUG